CAUCUAUUUAUAAGUCACCCACGUGGCUUCAGUUACGUGACUUUUUGGUGGAGUAACGAAAUCACCACAUCGAGCUUAACUUGUCCUGGUUUCCUAAUUUUCGCUAUCAAAUAUUAAUAUUAAGUGACUGUUCGCUAGCAAUUUUCCUUUCCUAUAAAAAUGACCACAAUAUUGUAUUCGUACUGGCGCAGUUCGUGCUCCUGGCGUGUGAGGAUUGCGUUGGCUCUGAAGAAUAUCCCUUACGAAUAUAAAGCUGUUCACCUUGUGAAAGAUGGUGGGCAGCAACAUAGUGAUGAGUUCAAAAAAAUGAAUCCGAUGGAACAAGUACCAGCUUUGGUGAUCGACGGAAUAACGCUAACCCAAUCGAUGGCAAUUAUGGAAUACCUAAAUGACACCAGACCCGAACCUGCACUGCUCCCUAAAUGUCCUGCUAAGAAAGCUGUUGUCCGCGAGAUCUGUGAAUGCAUUGUAUCGGGUAUCCAACCGCUACAGAAUGUGGGCGUUCUUCAGAAACUCGGUGACAAAAAGAUGGAAUGGUCCCUCUACUGGAUCGAGAAAGGCUUUCAUGCCCUCGAGAAUCUGCUAAAACAGUCUGCUGGUAAAUACUGCGUAGGUGAUGAAAUUACUAUGGCCGAUUUAUGCUUAGUACCGCAGGUUUACAAUGCUGAACGUUACAAUGUAAACAUGGAGUCUUUUCCCAUGAUAAGUCGUAUCAACAAGGAUCUGUUGCCACUGGAAGCUUUCAAAAUAAGUCACCCUUCCAACCAGAUCGAUAAAGAAUGAGGAUGUUACUGCUGUGAAAUUUCGGCCACCCUUUCCUCCUGCAUGUCUGGUCCUUGUUCCAGUGCAAAAUACUUAAUCUUUCUCUAGAACUGUUUUACUUCACUAAAAGUUUUCUUAAUCGUAAUAUAUUUUUCUCCUUUAUUUA